GAGCGUGCGCGCGCCGGGUCAGCACCGCACAGCUCCGCCGGCACCGCGUCCGCAGGAGCCGCGCCGACACGAGGCCCCCCAGAGCCACUCGGACCAGACGCGCACCUCCAGCGACCCUGAGGACCUCACCUGCGCCGCGACGUCACCAAGACGCCGUCGCCUCUCGCCUCGGCCUGUAUCCGCAAAAGAUGGCUGCCGCCGCGCUCCUGUGGCUGGCGCUGCUGGCGCUCGCCGCCGCGCCCCUCGGCGCCCAGGGCCGCAUGCCGGGCUCGGGGCCCCUGGAGCGGCACAACAACCCCCUGAUUGACGAGGCCGGCCGAGGAGGCCAUCACAAGCACAACGCGCGGAACGCAGAAUGCGUGUUUGGCAAGCAGACUCGGGAGCUGGGCUCCACGUGGUUCGCUGACCUCGGGCCGCCCUUCGGCGUCAUGUACUGCAUCCGCUGCGAGUGCAUCCCGAUCCAGAAGAAGAGGCGCAUCGUGGCGCGCGUGCAGUGCCGCAACAUCAAGCACGAGUGCCCCGAGCCGACGUGCGACGAGCCCGUGCUGCUGCCCAACCGCUGCUGCAAGACGUGCCCCGGCGACUCGGACGCGCACAGCCCUGACGUGGUGCAGGACGUCGCGCCCACCGUGAGCGCCGAGGAGGAGGACAAGAAUUGGAAACACUUCGCGGCGCUGCUGUCGGGCCGCACCUCCCGGCUGCUGGCGCACGCCGUGCAGGGCGCCGGCGCGCAGGGGCUGGUGGCGCCGCCCCGCAACGCGGGCAACCACGUGGCCACGGCGCGCUUCACCUUCCACCGCAAGAGCCUCUACUACUCGGUGCUGACGCCGCGCCGGCCGCGCGCCAUCCAGUUCGUGGACCGCGAGGGCAGCAUCCUGGAGGAGCAGGCCAUCCCCGCGGCCGGCUCCGCCUACCAGAACGCGACGGGCAAGGUGUGCGGCGUGUGGCGCCGCCUCAGCCGCGACUACCGCCGCCUGCUCCGCGAGGAGCGCCUUCUGGUCACGCUGCUGUGGGACAACGAGGACAGCGUGACGGGCAGCGUGCAGCGCGCGCGCUCCCUCGGCUCCGAGCUGCUGUCCGCGCUGCUGCUGCCCCACGGCCACCCGCACGGCCAUGGCGAGCAGAACCCGCUGGCCGGGGCGGGCGGCACCGCCGUCGUCUCCAUCUCGUCCAGCGGGCCCGCGCCCAGCGUGCACAUCGCCCUGCUCUUCAACGGCAUCUUCAGCCCUCAGGAUGUCCUGGAUGUGCCGGUGUCCGUGCGCCUUGAGACGGCGGACGGCUCCCGGCAGGUGCUUGAGGAGACGCUGCGCGUGGCCAAGCCUGCCGCCGAGCUCAACGAGGCCGCCGUGACGGCAGCCGUGUCCGCGUCCGACCUGCGCCUGCUCACCCGCGGCAAGCUGAUCCUCACCGUGGCGUCCGCGUCCCCGCGCCGCUCGCGCGAGCUCGCCCUGUCCGGCGGCGUGCAGCCCCGCGCCGUGUGCGAGGUCUUCCAGGCGCCCCUGUCCGUCAUGGAGGCGGCCGCCGACCAGCUCGAGGACGGUGGCGCCAGCAACAGCAGCGGCCAGGGCAUGAACGCGGUCGGCACCGCCGAAGCCGGCAGCGCCCACGUGGACAGGCCGGCCGGCCAAGCCUGGCUCUACGUGGACAGGCACGGCGCUCUCGUCUACAGCGUGCAGCUGUCCCAGAUCCCCGGGGAAACCACCCUCCUGACGCUGGUGUCCGGGCGCGGGCGGCGUAGCGUGGAGCUGGAGGACCUGACGCCCUCGCUGCAUGCCUCGAACGCCGGCUGGGCCAACGGCUCCGUCAGCCGCAUCAGCCCCCGCGAGCUGGAGCAGCUCUACGCCGGCGAGCUGGCCGUCAACGUGGCCACCGGCUCCGCGGCGUCCCUCGUACGCGGCCGCCUCGUCGCCCGGCCCGUCGCCGAGGCGCGCGACUCGCCGCAGCCCAUCCUGCUCACGCCCAAGCAGGGGCCGACCGGCUCUAAUGUCAAGAUCCCCGUCAGAGGCGUCGCCGCCAACCUCACGGGCAUGGUGUGGUUCGCCAUCGACCCGGAGUGCAACCUCAACUAUGACGUGUCGCUGAGUCCUGGAGCGCCCACCGGCACGCCCACAGCGCCGCUGCAUCUGGCCCUGGAGCAGGUGCCAUUCCUGGCACCGGGCGCGCCCGUGUCGCGCCGCGUGCUGGACGAGUUCACCACGCCGCAGCACGAGGGCGGCGGCAUCCAGCUGUCGCACGCGGAGCUAUCGCGCCUGGACGCGGGCGUGUCCUACGUCGACGUGGUCCUCCCUGACGGCAGCGCCGAGCUGCGCGGUGAGCUGCGCCAGGUGAAGGUGCCCGCCUUCUGCCUGCCGCACUACUCGGACAACGACGUGCCCGCUAGCCAGCCCAGCGACAGCGAGCCCGAGACCCCGCACUGCUUCCACGAGACGCGCUUCUACGAGGACGGCGCCCAGUGGACGUCGGCGCACGACCCCUGCACCAUGUGCAGCUGCCACCGCACCCGCGUGCAGUGCGACGCCGUGGUGUGCCCGCCCCUGAGCUGCGCCACCUCGGCCAUAGCCAUGUGGUUAAUUCGGAAUGUGAAUAACCGCCUUGACUAA